AUGGCAAAUGAAUUUCGUGUUAAACGUGCGUACGUCGAGGCGUGCGAACGAAACUGGUCUAAACAAUCUUCAUCGAAAAACCAUACUAGUUUUAAUAGUAUUAAAGUAUUGAAUGACAUUCCGGAUGGCAAAAGAUAUCUACAAGGCUUAGGAUAUAUUCUAAACUUAAAUAAUGCUGAUGGAUGGAAUACAUUUGAAAGAACAUUAUGCUUGAAUAUUGAACUUAGUGGUCCCAGCGCAACAGAGUUCAAACGAUUGGAAUUCAAAAUCGGGGGUAAAAAUGGCACAGCAACCUAUUUACUUGUAGCAACAAAUGUGGACUGCUGUAAUAAAGUUACAGUGUGUUAUGCAUUUCAUCAUAUUAAUCAACAUAUUCUAGACCAUGGCGGGUUCACUUUGCGUACAGCUGAUAUUACACUUGAUUGGAUGAGAGCAAAGUCUUGUGAGAGUUUAGCAGCUAUGCUACCACGAGAUGUGGCCCCACACCUGAUUUAUGAAUAG